ACUAUAUAUUUGUAUUUGAUGAAUGGAUUAAUGAUUUUAUUUUUAUCGCUUUUUAUUUAGUUUCAGAGACAUCAAGCGCUGAUUAGCCUGGAAGAAUUCAAUGAAGCUGCGACAGCUGUUAACAUCCGCGCUCGACUUGAUGCAGUCGCUAACGAGUGGUUACCAGAUGGAUUGGGCGGCUUGCUCCUGUUUGGUGUGAGUGACAGCGGUGCCAACAUCAAGCGCUGUCUCAUCGAUGCUACGAAAACAGGGUUAUCCAAUGGAUGGGUGCCCUGUUUUGCCCACACCUUGAACCUCACUGCAAAAAGCUCCCUCUCAGUACAGCGUGCCGUAAGGGACACAGUUUCAGUGAUGCGGACACUUGUCAGCAAGGUGUCUAAUUCCCAUCCUGUAAAGAGACACUUCGAGGAGCUCUUGGAGCGCCACUACCCAAACCAACCGCACAUCACUCUAAUGAGGGACUGUGAGACAAGGUGGAACUCAACCUUGCACAUGCUAGAAACGAUCAUGAGACAGAGGGAAGCUGUGGAGGCCCUUGCUAACGACAGGAUAAUGAGGGGAUUCAAUGAUUUUCAACGACCGAUCGCUUACCAACACUGGUCAGAUGUUUUGGACAUUAUCCCGAGCAUCAUCCAUGUCUUGAAGCCAGCAGAGAGCGCAACAAAGCUAGCCUCCCAGCAUGAUAGCACCCUCUCCAGCUAUAUCCCCAUGUCGAAGGGGCUAAGCAAGCAACUGGAUAAUAUGCUGGAGUCAGAGGAGCAUGCGAGGGGGGUAGGCUCCAUGUUAGACGAGAUGGUGGAAAAAUGGAGGGAUAGGAUGGCUUGGGUCCUCAAGCCAACUCCAGGACGAGACAGCGAUUUGGCAGAGGAGACAGUCUACGAGACGUUCCAUGCUGCCACAAUAUUGGAUCCUCGGUACAAGAUGAAGUACCUUUCCAGAGAUGAUGCGGCAAAGGAGAAGGCAAGAAUGGCGGUAGUUAAUAUCGUCAUGCGCUUCAGCCGACGAGAAGCUGAAGAAAAUAUGGACGUCGCAUCUGACCACGAUGAGCCACCUGUUCUUGCCCCCGCCGCCAACGCCCCCGCCGUCAACGCCCCCGCUACCAACGCCCCCGCCGCCAACGCCCCCGUCGCCAACGCCCCCGCCGACAACACUGCCCCUGAUGCUGAGCCCGCCGUUCAUUUAGCAAGACUAGAGAGGGAUGAAUUCCAGCGCGCCAUGGCUUCAGCCAUGGAGUCAGAUGGAAGUGACGACGGCGCACAUGACGCCCCUCGUGAUGUCCGCCAAGAGGGGUCUAACGAGUUGGAGGUGUAUUUGAGGCAGAGUAUCGCCAAAGCCAACGUCGACCCUAUGGAGUACUGGUCACUUCGUCAGGAAGCAUUCCCCUUGCUUGCCCCAGUGGCUGCAGCGUUUUUUGGCCUGUCCUCCCUCGAGCGUAACGUCAGAACGCAUGUUUAG